UUUUCAUUGUGAGACUUUCUGCUCGCUUCUGAAUCAGAAGAUCAAGAUAUAGCAGAAAAGAGUUUAUGAUUGUAGGAAAGGAAAGCCCAUCCACCACCAUCAAGUGCCCAUCCACCUUGAAAUGAAACAGGUCCACUGUUCAUAAGCAGACCUUCGUUGGUUCCGAAAGCCACAAAAUCAUCAUGGGUGGAAGAAACUCACAUCCACCAUCAAUAAGGGAACUUGAAGCUGUCAAUGAAAAUCUUGAGAGCCUCACAUUUAACAUUGCCAUCACCGGGCAAACUGGAGCUGGGAAAUCAUCGCUUGUGAAUGCUCUACGGAGGAUGGAGAGAGAUGAUGAAGGCGGUGCUGCUAUGACAGAUGUGAUACAGGUCCCAAAUGAACCAAUGGCAUAUGUUCAUCCUAUAUAUCCAGACAUAACACUCUGGGAUCUUCCAGGGAUUGGAACAGAUGAAUUUAAAAGUGAGGAAUAUGCAAAGAAUAUAGAUUUAAACAAGUACGAUUUCUUCAUCAUUGUUUCUGAAAAUCGUUUCACUGAAAAUGACCUCAGGCUGGUCUGUGAAAUCCAGAAAAUAAAGAGGAAGUUUGUUUAUGUACGCACCAAAGUGGAUGUCAGCUUGGAAUCAGAGGGGAAAAAACCCAAUUUCAGUGAAAAGGGAAUCCUUGAGAAGAUCAGGAAUUAUUUCUGUGAAAACUUAACCAAGGCAGGCGAGUCUUCUCCUAGGGUUUUUGUCAUAUCAAGAUGGCACCCGAAAAAGUAUGAUUUCCCGUAUCUUGAAAAGGCUCUGAAGGAUGAAUGGGAUGAUUUCAAGGAAAAGUUCUCAAGGUGGUCCCUUGAGCUAAAAAGGAAGCGACUUGACAGGUCAAAUGAACCUCCCAAAGGAUCUUUCCUGAGAAGUGCCAUCUCCAGAACAAUCUUAAAAUUUGACCUUGAAAAUCUGAGGCUUGCUUUGGAAAAAGAAGAUCUCUCAGACAUCAUAGAUAAAACCAAGCAGCAACUGGAUUCGCUAAGUAAUGCAACACUUGACAUAGCCAUCACUGGAUGUUCAGGUGCUGGUAAAUCAUCCCUUGUCAAUGCGCUGAGAGGCAUGAGUGAUCAUGAUGAAGGGUCAGCUGAGACCGGGGUAAUACAAACAACCAUGGAGACGAAGGCGUAUCCACAUCCCACAUUCCCCAAAGUAACACUGUGGGAUCUGCCAGGGAUUGGAACACCUGAAUUUAAAGCCAAGGAAUAUCUAAGGAAGGUGAAUUUUAGCAAGUAUGAUUUUUUCAUCAUUGUUUCUUCAGGGCGUUUCACUACAAAUGAUAUCACUUUAGCCCGUGAAAUUCAGAAGAUGAAGAAGCAAUUCUAUUAUGUGCGCACAAAGAUAGAUGUCAAUCUUGAUUCAGAAAAAAGGAAGCAGAAUUUCAAUGAACACAAAACUCUAGAGAGGAUAAGGAAUGACUGCAGUGAAAAUUUGAAAAAGGCUGAAGGAUCUUCCUCGAGGGUUUUCCUGAUGUCACGGUGGGAUCUGUCACUGUAUGAUUUCCCCUCCCUGCAUGACACCUUAGAGGAGGAUCUGGACGAUCUCAAGAGGCAUGCCUUCCUCAUGGCCACGCCAACUUUUUCAAGAGAAAUGGUUCAAAAGAAAAGAAAGGCGCUGGAAGCUCUCAUAUGGAUGUUAGCACUUGUGUCUUGUUUUGUGGGAGCUGUCCCUGUCCCGGGCCUCUCUCUGGUUUGUGAUAUUGCCAUAUUAAUGGGAGCACUGGCGCAUUUCUGUAAGGUCUUUGGUUUAGAUGAUGAUUCUCUUCGUAUCCUGGCAAAACGGGUUGGCAAGCCUGUGGAGGAGCUGAGGUCUGCUAUCAAAAACACUCCCUUGCCACAUGCUAUCACCAAGGACCUGAUCCUUAGUUUAUUGUCAAAGUCCUGGCUUUGUGCAACCCUGACAUUGAUAGAACUGGCUUGUGAUUUUGUACCUGUGUUGGGGUCUAUAGUCGGUGGGGCCAGUUCCUUUGUGUGCACCUUCUUCAUGUUGAGAAGCUUUUUGCAAAGCGUUGAGGUCGAUGCGGCCAACGUUCGGGCGAAAGCAACGAAGUGAUAAAAGAAAAGUCCAAGAUUAAAAAAAAAAGUUGUGUAAGUGUUGCUUUGGAACAAAUGUUGGCAGCCCAAGAAGAGAAAAAGGAAAAAAUAGGAAAAUUAG